AUGAAGGACGGACUGAUUCUGCCUACUCCUGAAGGAAACCGGAGCUCAAGAGAGACGCGCAUCAAGAGUCAACAGUUGUAUAUGGUCUCCACCGUACAAGCGCUGCAUCCGCCUUUGCAGGCCGUGCCCUUCGUCCGCUCAACAGUUCUCGAUCCGACACUCGCUCUAGACCUCCUUCUUCACGCGUUCCUCCUAAGAUCGCGCUCGCCGAACCAUUCAAUCCACACAACAGCUCCAUCAGACGGUCCGUUGAGGUCCAGCAAAGCUACCUGGAGGAUGCCUAUCAUUUUCUUCACCCACAGAAGCAAGUACCGCGAGAACAAGAAGGCUGCUAGCGCCAACAAGAAAGAAGGCAUCGACCUCACGUUUCGGGCAUACGACCUACAUGAAGCUAAGGCGAAGACAGCGGCAAAGCGGCCCAAACCCAGUGGACGCCGGUCAGUUCCAGAGGCGUCGUCGUCUAGCCAGCAACUCUUCCACGAACCCGAGGAAGACGAGGAGUAG